AUGUCCAAAAGAGCUGCUGACGCGUCUGAGGAGCACUCCGCUGCCCUGAAGGCUGGAGAGCGGCCGGUCGCCGAUGCCAUUCCGGACGAGGCGGGGGAGUUCGAGGAUGAGUUCGAGGACGAAUUCGAGAGUGAGGACGAGAUUUUGGAAGCUGGUGUCGAUGGAAGACCUGAUGCAGAGCGCGAGGAAGAGGAAAGAGACGCUAUGGAGGUAGACAAACAGACAUUCAUCCCUGGAAGAACAAAACUAGCUCCUGGAGAGGUACUGUCUCCGGAUCCGUCCACAUACGACAUGUUACACACGCUCAGCACACCAUGGCCUUGUCUCUCAUUUGACAUUGUGCGCGAUUCCCUGGGCGACAACCGAAAGACAUACCCUGCGACCGUCUACGCAGUUUCUGGUACACAGGCGGCGGGAGGAAGAGCAAAGGAGAACGAACUGCUGGUGAUCAAGAUGAGCGGUCUCAGCAAGAUGGAGAAAGAGAACGAGACAGAUUCGGAGAGUGAUUCGGAUUCAGAUGAUGAUUCCGAUGACCCGAUUCUCGAGUCGAAGAGCAUUCCACUUGGAUCAACAACAAACAGAAUCCGCGCACACCAAACCCCUUCCCAGUCCGCCGACUACUCCAAGCCGCCACAGACCAUCACGGCGACCAUGCUCGAAAACUCCCAGGUUGUUAUCCACGAUGUGACUCCUUAUCUGACCAGCUUCGACGUCCCUGGCACAGUGUUGCCUCCUUCAGCCUCCAAGCCCCUCUCGACCCUGCGCAUGCACAAGUCCGAGGGUUACGCUCUGGACUGGUCCCCACUCCAGCCCCUUGGAAAGUUGUUGACUGGUGACAACGACGGAUUUAUCUACGUUACAACCCGCACUGAAGGAGGAGGUUGGGUCACAGACACCCGGCCAUUCACCGGCCACACCUCUUCGGUCGAAGAGCUACAAUGGUCACCAAAUGAGCGAAAUGUGUUUGCUUCCGCCAGCAGCGACGGAAGCGUGAAAGUUUGGGACGUGCGGUCAAAGUCACGCAAGCCCGCCGUUGACGUCAAGGUCUCCAACGCGGACGUCAAUGUCAUGAGCUGGUCGAAGCAGACGUUCCAUCUCCUUGCCACUGGUGCUGAUGAUGGACAAUGGGCUGUCUGGGAUCUGAGGCACUGGAAGCCGAAUGCGUCCGCCCCCUCGUCACAGAUCAAAGCAUCUCCAGUGGCAGCUUUCGACUUCCAUCAUGAGCCCGUCACCAGUAUUGAGUGGCACCCCACAGACGACAGUGUUGUUGCUGUCGGUUCUGCCGACAAUACCGUCACCCUCUGGGAUCUGGCUGUGGAGCUUGAUGAAGAAGAGAGCCGCGAGGCCGGCCUGGCCGAAGUGCCUCCCCAGCUGUUGUUCGUUCAUUACAUGGAGUCUGUCAAGGAGGUUCAUUGGCAGGCUCAAAUGCCUGGUACCAUUAUGGCAACAGGCAGCUCUGGAUUUGGUGUCUUCAAGACUAUCAGUGUGUAA